AGGAGGAGGAGGAGCUGCGGGCGGCCGAGUCGGCCCGUAGCCGCGGCGCGGCUGGGGGAGGGGGACGGAGCUGGCUGCGGCCAAUGCGAAAUUGGCUGGUGCUGCUGUGCCCCUGUGCGGUGGGGGUCGCGCUGCACCUCUGGCUGCUGCUCAGCUGCCCCGGCGGCCCCGGGAGGCACCCGGCAGGUCCACUGGCCUUCUUUCCUCAGUGGAAGUUGAGACAUUAUGAUGUUGUUGUAGGUGUGUUGUCUGCUCGGCACAAUCGUGAACUGCGCAGCGUUAUAAGGAACACUUGGUUCAAGCACUUGAAACAACAUCCUGCACUGAGCCAACGUGUCCUUGUGAAGUUUAUAAUAGGUGCAAAUGGUUGUGCUGUGCCAGUGGAGGACAGAGAAGAUCCGUACUCCUGCAAACUUCUGAACAUCAGUAACCCAGUUUUGAAUCAGGAAAUUGAAGCAUUCAGUCUCCCUGAGGACAUACCUUCUGUGCUCUCCGAAGACAGAAUUGUCAGCGUGAACUUUCGUGUACUUUACCCCAUUGUCAUUACCAGUCUUGGAGUAUUUUAUGAGGCUGAUGGUGUGGGAUUCCAGCGGAACAUCACUGUAAAACUGUACCAGGCAGAACAUGAGGAAGCGCUCUUCAGUUCUCGCUUUAGCCCACCAAGCUGUGGAGUGCAAGUGAACAGAUUGUGGUACAAGCCAGUAGAGCAGUUCAUUUUGCCAGAGAGUUUUGAAGGAACCAUUGUGUGGGAAAGCCAGGAUCUUCAGGGCCUUGUUUCAAGAAACCUUCAGAAAGUGACGGUGAAUGAUGGAGGGGGUGUUUUCAGAGUCAUUACACAGGCAGGGGAAGGGUCACUGCCACAUGAAUUCACAGAAGGUGUGGAGGGAAUAGCAGGUGGUUUUAUCUAUACUGUUCAAGAAGGUGAUGCUCUUCUGAAAAGCCUGCAUACUCGCCCUGAAAGGUUUGCAAGUCAUAUCAAAAAUCUUGAAAAAGAAGAUGCUUUACUGAAGGAAGAAAGCAGCACCUAUGAUGAUAUUGUUUUUGUAGAUGUUAUUGACACUUACAGAAAUGUUCCAGCCAAGCUGCUGAACUUCUAUCGAUGGACAGUUGAAUCAACAAGCUUUGAUUUAUUACUGAAGACGGAUGAUGACUGUUACAUUGAUUUGGAGGCUGUUUUUAAAAGGAUAAUGCAGAAAAAACUGGACAGGCCAAACAUUUGGUGGGGAAAUUUCAGACUGAAUUGGGCAGUUGAUCGAACUGGGAAAUGGCAAGAGCUGGAGUACCCGAGUCCCGCGUAUCCAGCCUUUGCUUGUGGGUCUGGCUACGUCAUCUCCAAAGAUAUUGUUCAGUGGUUGGCCAGCAACUCCGAAAGACUAAAGACAUACCAGGGUGAAGAUGUGAGUAUGGGCAUCUGGAUGGCAGCUGUAGGACCCAAGCGAUAUCAAGACAGUCUCUGGCUGUGUGAGAAGACAUGCGAGAGCGGCAUGCUGUCCUCCCCUCAGUAUUCUCCACAAGAACUGAGAGAGCUCUGGAGAAUAAAGGAACUGUGUGGAGAUCCUUGUAGAUGUGAGGAAAGAUGACAGACUUGUCUCAGAAAACACGGUAGCAUUUAAUGAUCAUGUAAAAGUGGAUAUUUGGCUUCAUUUUUGGAAAUAAUAAGGAAUAUUAAGGUAUCCUUUAAUGUUGAGUUUCAACUAAAGUGUAACAAAUAUUUGCACAUCCCUUUUGAUAAUUACAAGUGGACUGAUACUCUCCAUUUUCUAUAGCAUAGAUGUUCAGCAGACAAAACCAAAAUGUUUAAGAUAAGCAAUUUCCUUUUUAUAUAAAGAAAGAACAACUUGUAAUUAAUAAAUGCACAUAAGAAUGCCAACUGGCCUGUCUUUUGUAAAUUAAAAUACUACUGACUUAACUCUGUAUAGAGCAGUACCAGUAUCCAACGAAGAGCUGUGCUCAGGACCAGGGCACCUAGGAGGUCUUACUGCAGUAGGGGUUCUGUGCUGGCAGCUGUUUGAGAGGUUGCUCUUAGCUGUGUGGGGAGUGGGACAGUUAGGGUUUAGGACUGCUGUUCAGUUUGUUUAGAUCAUUGUCAUUUUAGAUAGAACAGUAUCAGUUUGCUUAUAUCAAAUCUUCAAGUGCAGCAAGCAUAGCCAACUCAGAGGGAUUUCUGAUAGCAUCAUGUAUCAUUAGAUAUGAAUGGAGGUAAAGCUGAAAGUAAAAUAAGUUUGAGCAACAGACCACUAAAGAAAAUAAAAUAACUAGAAAUACCUUGCAGGAUGCUGAGAACUUAUUUAUACUGUGGUAUGUUAAUACUGUAGGUAGAAUAAACAUCUGUCAGAUUUUGACCUUAAAUAGUCCAAAGUGUGUAGGUACUUCUGCAGUUACUGCUGUUCCACUUCUGUUUGCUUUAAAGUCUUUGGAAGUAGGUGAAAACAAAAAGGUAAGUAGCCUCUUUCAGUGCAUCACUAAUUUGCUCCUAGAGCUACUGUAAGUAAAGAUGUUGCACCUCGAGCAUAUACUCAGUUCAGUAAAAAACAAAAAACUCGCCACUACAGCAGGAAGCACAAAAUAUUGGCAGAAGAGUUUAAUUUAUGGAUACAAGCACUCUCUCUUUGGUAUUUUCCAUAUGAGACUCUUCACCCCAAAACAAAUGCUUUCAUGAAGACUGACUACUAAUUUUAAGAGCUGGAAGCAUUACUGUGUAAUCUUCCGGUGCCAUGCAUGAAGUCCAUGUUCUUCCACACAAGUGUUCAGGCACAAAUUGCAGACGCUGCCUGCAGGCAGCCUGUAACUCUUCUGCAGUUCCAGUGCUUGGUUUUCCUUCAGUCUAUCAAGAGGGUCCCCUCUCACCACCGCACUAACACACAGUCUCCAUUUUCUAUUGAGUAGAACUGCAAAGGCUUUAGAUCGUUGUCUAAUUCAACUUCUUUUCCUUCCAGCUGGAAUAAGAAAAAAUAAAAAAUCAGAUCUAAACUAAAAUCUGUUCAUUUAAACCAGGCAGUUGCAGUCAGGGAGGAUCUACCAUAUAUUGCAGGAAUCAAAUAAGGUCUCAAAUUACAGCCUGAAAACCACCCUCCUUAAGGGAACACAUUUCAUUAUGUAAUAUUCAGAACAUGCUAUUGACUGUUAGCAGCAUGAAGUAUUUUACUGUUGAAUUACUGAAUUUUAACUCACUUUAGAACUUUCAUAGGACAGUUUCAGUUCUGAACCAGGUAUUUUGAGUAGGCGAUAGAGCAAUCCUUUGACCCGCUGAAUAGUCAUAGACUCUGUCAAAGGCAACAAAAAAAAAAUUACUGGAAAAAUGCUGCUAUCACUGAGCUGUAGCAAAGUACUAGUGUUUCAUGUAUACUUACAGCAUCAAGGAAAGGCUGUGCUGCUGCUUCAGUUCUAACACUGCAAUAAUGUCUUUUGUAACUGAAAUAAUUGCUAAUAUCAAUUUGAAUUUGAUUUACUCUCUGGUGGAUCAGAGAGCGUAUGCUACUACUGUUUAAGUAAGCGCUUUGAUUCCCAUAUACCAAAUUAAAGUGUUAUGGCUUCAUAAUUUACCUUUUUGGAGUUGGUAUUUGAAACAUAGUUUACUAAGUGACCUUUGGGACACAAACCAGUCAGCUUCUAACUACUUGCAUCUGGCAGCUGUUCCUGAUAGUUUUCCUACCAGGAACCGGCGCUCUCAGCAUAAAGAAACAAAUGUCACUCAGCUAGUGCCGUUCUCAAACAUUACUGCGUUAAUUAGUCCCAAACUGCCAGCAGAGCUGUGUAGUGGUUUGUACUAUGAAGUCGCACACAGGGAUAUUUUUUGUAAUGGCUCUUGAAUGAGUAACUGUCAUUUGUGCCAGAGGGGACACCUGUUUUUUCAAUAGAGUAUACUGAAUAUUUUGGUUAAACUUUCACUUCCUUUGAAGCUUUAUCUAAAGGCACAGCAAUAGUGAGUUAUUCCUGUAAUACUGCACACUGUACUUAGAAAAAUAUUUUUCUAUCAAUAAAACAUUUUUGUAAAAGCUGUAUCUGAUUUUAUGAAACGGGCUAAUAAAUGUGAUUUUUAUUUUAGAAUAAA